UGUCUGGGUUGCUUUAAGCAACAUUUACAAGGCAAAGAUCGUGAUGAAGUCCACUCUAUCUCCAAUGUAAGCGCUUGCGCUACAUGAUUAUCUUAAGCCUCUGAGAAGCUCCUUUCAGAUGGUGGAAGCUGAUGAGAUAAAUACAUCGAUAUAUACCGAAACAAACAUCAACAGAGAGACUCAUUCUCUUCCCUUUAAGCUUCUCAUUUUAUUAUGUAAUUUUAUAUAUAAAUCUUAAACAACUAGACUCACUAUUGACUCACACACUCAAUCAUUUCUCCUUCAAUCGCUAUAAUUCACUGUACUCUUCUAGUGUUAUAACUGAUUCUUCACUUCUUGCUCAACUUGUUUUCAUCUUGUACAUUAGUUUCAGUUCUUGAACAACUCCAUCAACACUUGCAAACCCAGCGAUUCUUAUUUUUAACCAAAUAGCAAUGAAUUCGAAAAUUUUCAGUAUAUUUUUCGCUCUUGUCAUUACAUUGACCAUUGUGCUUUGUGAAACACCUGAACGACAACCUAAACAAAAAUCUCCUAAUAACAAGCAAGUUUGCCGUUACAACAAAGGUCCAUGGUCAGAUUGUGUCAACGGUGAAAAAUCACGAACCGAUACUUUGAAAAUACCAACUCCAGGCUGUGAAGCGACACGACCUGCCACCAAAAAAUGUAGACCAGCUUGUCGAUAUUCAAAGGGAGAAUGGACACCUUGUGAAAAUGGUGAAAAGAAGCGAACCUUAACCCGACUAGAAGGUGAUGGACCCGAUUGUCCAGCCACCAAGGCAGUAAGCAAACAAUGUUCACCUCAAGCCAAGAAAACCAAACAGCCUCGAAACAAAAAUCGAAAGACAAACUCAUCAUCAAUCACUCCAAGCCAAGCAUAUUAAACAUCUUAACCUGACUCAUUGCGCCGCACUUAUUCCUUCACACAUAAUCUGAUUCAAAAAGAAACAAAAAUUCAAUUCUAUUCACCCAAUCUUCACCAAAUCCUUUAGUACAUCUUUUCCAUUUUAUCCUCGAGACAACUUCCACUAUUACCUGAUUUCAAAUGUUUUUCAUCAACGUUCCCGUUUACACCAAAAGAAACCUUUUCUUUUCUAAUAUUUAUAGCAUAAAACUAUGAUUUUACUUUGAUAAUUUCAUGGUAAAAUUUUCCUGUAUCACCGAAGAGAAGAAUCUAUUGAAUCGAAGCGGCAAAUUUAGCAACUGUGGGUUUAUUUUCUUCUCAAAAGCAAUGGCAAGUUGAUCAAGUGAUGUCGAUAAAAGAUGAAACCAAAAUAUCAUCAUUUCUUCCAGUUUUUUUUCCUUUUUCUCUUAUAUUUCUUAUUCUGUAACACAUUAUUGUUUCUAUUCAAUACAAUCUUUUUUUACUCUUAACCAAAAUAUUCAACAACGAAAAAAAAGAGUUGCUGUGAAACAAAAUAGAGACAAAACUGGGAAACUCUCAAGCUCAAAGGAGUAAAUGAAGGCCAGAAAAUAUGAAAGACUAACAUUGCGACAAAACAAGAUCUUCUCAUCGAGUCAUGACUGCGAAUUACCAAGAUUUACAUUCAAUUUUUCUCAUAAUUCAUUUGUUUUCUCUUUUUUCUUAUCAAUAUUCUUACUCUCAUUUUCUCUAGCUUUUGUCUCAAUCUCUCUUUUUUUGUAUUAUGUAAAUCUUUAAACAAAAAGUGGUAAAAAGCCCGAAAAAACCAAUAAUAUAAUCAACAAUAAAACUGGUUUAGAGUAUAAAAAAUUGUUGUUUACUGAAUCAACCAGAAACGCACCAAACAA